UUCGAGCUGUCGUCACCUUUCGUCACCAUGAACCAGUUUAUGAAUGCGAUGUGAAUCCUGCCCCCCGCAUAUCCAGCUCUCCACUAAAGUCAGCUGAGCAGCUGCCUCCGCUUCUUGUUCGCGCGCAGAAGACGACCGACCGAGACAGAAAGAAAGCGAGAGAAGGAAGGAAGCGUUUGGCGGGAGCAAAGCCGCUCUCCGUCUCACACACGCCUCGCACAUCUGCCAGGCUCCUCUCACUCCACGGGGAAGCAUGCGGGCUCUCUCGCGGCUCACCCUCGUUCUUUACGUGGGAUGCAUCUUCGUAAACCUCGGCCGGCCGCACCCGUGUUCGAGUCAACCCUGUCUUAACAACGGGACUUGCAGCUACUCCCAAGAAAGUUCAUCGACGGACCAGACAUACAACUGCACCUGUGCCACGGGAUUCACCGGCAGGAGCUGCGAGUCAUUUAUAGAUCCCUGCAUGAGCAACCCAUGUAUCCAUGGCAACUGUACCAGCACUGGCCCUGACAGCUAUAUCUGUGACUGUAAUGAGGGCUACCAAGGUGAACGAUGUGAACAGAUACUGCUCAGCACUCCUGCUUCACCCCUACGAGGACAGGACACCUCAACAACAGAAAAACCCCUUCCUCUGGAUACUACAUCACUGCCUGAUUUACAGAUGGCUGUCACUCUGCCUUCAUGGCAGCCAAAGCUGGGCCAGAAAGUUACUGAACUCAGCUUUCAAGGAAAGGAGAUCACACUGGACUUUUCCUGUGGAAAUUCAAGCCUUACAGGAUCAAAUGAUGGUCGCAGCUUGGCGCUUGAAAUUAUGGAGGAGACUUCAGUAAAGAUUAAGGCUAACCUUACAAGUCCACCUGCCCUGUGGAGUGUCAAUGAAGAUGACUUUAGGCAGUGCUCGAUUACCAGUGGCAAAAGUGUUCUUUUGUUUGAUGCUUUGGAUGGCAUGGUGCUCCCUGAUGAAGCAUUAUCUCUGGGAAACAAUUAUUUCAUUGGAUUUGUGAAAGAUUCCUCCCAGUCAGUUGUGAUGCUGCACCUGAAUAUCACUGUGAAGGUCAGCAACUGUGUGGAACCAGGGAGCAGCUUUAAUGGUCCUGAAUGCUCUGGGAAGGGAAAGUGCACAACCUACACAUCUAAGGCCACUUUUUUUUGUGAGUGUGACCAGAAGUAUACUGGGAUCUUCUGUGAAGAGUUUGAUGCCUGUCAUACAAAGCCCUGUGAGAACAAUGGCACCUGUACUGAUGUAAGACAAGGAAAGGCUGAGAAAAACUUUACUUGUGCCUGCAAACCAGGCUAUGAAGGAGACCAGUGCCAGUUUGUGGUAAACCAUUGUCUGCCACAACCAUGCAUGAAUGGAGGGACCUGCCUGAAUACAUUCUCUGGAUAUAAUUGCCAGUGCCCAGAAGGAUAUCGUGGCAAUAUGUGUGAACAGAAGAUAGACCCAUGCUCCUCAUCUCCCUGCCAGAACAAUGGAAGCUGCUAUGUUGACAGAAUGUCCUUUGGCUGCAGCUGCAGUCCUGGAUACACGGGUCCUACCUGUGCUCAGCUGAUUGACUUCUGUGCCUUGAACCCCUGUUCACAUGGAAUUUGUCGCAGCAUGGGAACUAGUUACAAAUGCCUGUGUGUUCCAGGAUACCAUGGAUUAUACUGUGAGGAAGAAUACAAUGAGUGUCUCUCCACUCCUUGCCAGAAUUCGGGGACAUGCAAGGAUCUGGUAAAUGAUUAUGAAUGCCUGUGCACUCCUGAGUAUGAAGGCAAACACUGUGAGCUCUACAAAGACCCCUGUGUUAAUGUAACAUGCCAGAAUGGAGGAAAAUGUGAAAGUGAAGGACUAAAUGCAACCUGUUUGUGUCCAUUGGGAUUUACAGGUGAUGACUGUGAAAUUGACAUAAAUGAAUGUGAAAGCAAUCCAUGCCAUCAUGGUGGGACGUGUGUGGACCAACCAAAGAGCUACAUUUGUCACUGUCCCCAGGGAUGGGUUGGACCCAACUGUGAAAUACAUCUGCAGUUGAAAUCUUCUCGGACAGCAGAAACAUUAAGCAACAUGCCUCGACAUUCCCUGUAUAUCAUCAUCGGUGCUCUGUGUGUGGCUUUUGUUCUUAUGCUGAUUAUUCUUAUUGUGGGAAUAUGCCGCAUCAGUCGUAUUGAGUACCAAGGCUCAUCCCGGUCAGCCUAUGAAGAGUUCUACAACUGCAGGAGCAUUGACAGCGAAUUUAGCAAUGCAAUUGCCUCCAUUCGACAUGCAAGGUUUGGUAAGAAAUCCAGACCAGCUAUGUAUGAUGCUACUCCAAUAACAUAUGAAGACUACAGUCCAGAUGACAAGCCUUUAGUCACGUUAAUUAAAACAAAAGAUUUGUAAUAUUAUCUGGUGUGAGUGGAAGAAGAUGAAACAAGGAAACAUUGUAUACUAUUAUGUAUGAGGUCCACAUACUGUAUAAGGUAGUCAGAUAUAAUCUGUUCAUUAAAUUAUGUUUAAAUUACCUUUUAAGUAUUUCUAAAAACAAGGGAAAAUAAAAUUUGAUAAUUAAAUACGUUUUAAAUGUGAAAUUAUGUGAUGCUACUAUGUUAAUGCAGCACUAGUUUGCAUAUACUGGUAAGUGCAUUUAUUUAGUUAAUGGUAACAUAUUUAUUACAAAUAUGAUUAUUAUCAAUUGCUGCUGAUUAGAAGUAUCAAAUUAGUUUUUAGCUCAGCGUGUAAUAUGUGAGGUUCUAUAUUUGCAGCUCCAGCUGUAGAAUUAAAGAAAAUGUAGAAAGAAAAGAAAAAAGACAGUGUGUGUAGAUCUAUUCAGGUUACCAAAAACUUGUAGUGGUAUUAAUGUCUGCAUUUGUUACACAGUACAUUUACUAAGAGAAGUGAUUAUUGGUUUAUCUUACUGGUGCAUGGGUAGGUAUGAUUUCUGCAUUUUUUAAAUGCCUAUAUUAUCUUUGAUUUAAGUUUUUUUUUUUUUUUGGCCUUAGAGAAAUGAGUUUUUAAUGAUCCUGUAAAGGAGAACGGGUGGCCUAAUUCACUAUGAAAGUGAAGUGAUGUUUGUUGAAAAAGUAUGAAACGCUUGCUAAUCUAAUCAUUCGCUGCUAAGGAGAUGUUUCUGCAUCAGGUUUGCUCAACAUGUGCAUUUUACUGUAGUUUUACCUUCUUGUAACAGGUAUGUUUUUUCUGUAGUUUUAUAUGACUGUGGUGUUAUUCUUGGGGUCAGUUCUUGUUUUUUGGAUUUGCAACUUGUUGAGGUUUUGACAGAUGCCCUUCUUUAAUAUAUUUUUUAAACUCAUGUACUUAAACUUAAUGUUGAAUGAUGUAAUAAAGAUCAAAAUUGUCACAA